UUUUCUUCUUUUUUUCCCCUCUUUAUUAUUGACAAAAUAAUUAUAUAAAGAAGAACAAAAUAAUUUGUUUUUUUUAAUUAAGAAAAAAAAAAAAAAGCUAAUUUCUACUUUCCUUAAACAUUUUACUUUAAGCUUUUAUUUUUAUUCUUUCCUUUUUAUAACAUAUACACUCCUCUCCUUUCAUUCAAUAUUUAUAUACACACACACACACAAAAAAAGAUAGAAAAAUACACAUCACAAUGAAUAACGUAACUCUUGGUUUUGAGCAAUAUAAUUUUAUCUCUCACCCUUAUCAACCUGCGAAAAUGGACUUUUACGAUGUACAAAUAUAUUCCCCUUCUACUCCAACAACACCAGGUAAUAAUAAAUAAUAAAAAGAUAGCAUAUACAUGUAUGUAUGUAUAUUGGAUUGACAUUGGGUUAUCAUUAGGAUUUCCUAGCUACGAAACUCUUGUGCCUACAGUAGUACCCAAUUGUGUUCCACAGCCUGUUGUACCAUCACAGAUUGACAUGUACAAUGCUAUGCCACCAAGUCCUGGAUCUCCUGGUACACCUACUUCAUUAUCAUCAUCAUCACCCUUAUCAUCCCCAUCAUCACCAGAGGUCUCUAGCCCAUCAUUAUUACCCAGUUAUAUGUCCCUGACUGAGAAAAUCAAUAAAAGAAUCGCUCAAGUGAAUACAUUACCGGAUUCCUUUUUACCUGAAUUUCAUCAAUACUCCAAGGAAACAUAUGAAAAUGGAGGUACCUGUAUGAAGAGAAAGCGUCGUCGUCAUCCUCAUCACGACUAUGACUCGGAUAAUAAUAAUAAUAAUAAUAGUAGUAAUAAUAACGAUAAUGACUAUGAGAAUGGGUUGUCUGCAGCUGAGAUACGUCGUCAAGUUCAUAUUCAAUCUGAACAAAAGCGUCGAGCUCAAAUUAAAGAUGGUUUUGAAGUCCUUCGUCAACAUUUACCUGGUUGUGCUAAUAAAAAGAUGAGUAAAGCUGCUUUGUUACACCGUACCGUUCAACAUAUUCAACACAUGAAAAAGAAUCAGGCUUCUAUCAUGGCUGAAAUUGAACGAUUAGUUCAAGAAAAUGAAAAGUUAAAAGCUCAACAACAACAGCAAAGACUUUUUAUUUAAGUUACAAAAUAUCCAAAAUAAAAUAAAUAAAAAUUUAUUUUUGUACAAAAAAAAA